GAGAUGUGGGUCCUGCUGCUGCCCCUGGGGCUGGGCUCGGCCCUGCUGCCCCCCGGCUGCCGCUCCGGGGUGGUGGAGGUGGAGCGCAGCGUGACGGCGGUGCUGGGCCAGGACGUGGUGCUGCCGUGCCGGUACCGGGCGCAGGAGCAGGAGCAGGUGGUGCAGGUGACCUGGCUGAAGCGGGGCCCGACGGGGGAGGGCGCCGAGGUGGCCGUGCUCAACCAGCAGCACGGGGAGCACGUGCUGGAGCCCUACGCUGGGCGGGUGCUGCGGCGGGCGGGCGGCGCGCUGGAGGACGGUGCCAUCAUCCUGAGGAACGCUGUGCAGGGGGACGAGGGCGAUUACGAGUGUCACCUCAUCACCUUCCCCCUGGGCAACUUUGAGGGGCGGCUCACCCUCAAGGUGCUGGUGCCUCCGCUGCCCAUCCUGAACCCGGGGCCACCACUGGAGGAGGGGCAGGGCCGGACGCUGGCGGCCUCGUGCACGGCGGAGGGCAACCCAGUGCCAUCGGUGCGCUGGGAGACGGAGGUGCGGGGCACCAACGCCACGCGCCGCUCGGCGCACGCCCGCUCCGCCUCCGUCACCAGCGAGUUCUUCCUGGUGCCUGGGCGCAGCAUGAAUGGCAAGAGCCUGACCUGCGUGGUGGCCCACCCCGGGCUGCGCCACGAGAAGAGGAUCACCCACCUCCUCAGCGUCGCCUACCUGUCGGACGCCUCUGUGCUGGGGCACACGGAGGAGUGGCAGGAGGGCAUGGAGGGGGCCACGCUGACCUGCCUGGGGGAUGGCAACCCCCCGCCCGCCUACAACUGGACACGGCUGAACGCCCCGCUGCCCGCCGGCGUGCGGGUGAAGGGGGACACCCUCGUCUUCCAGCGGCCCCUCGCUGCCGCUGACGCUGGGGAUUACGUCUGCCGCGUCUCCAACCGUGUGGCCACCAAGGAGGCGCGAGCCAACGUCAGCAUCAAGAGCAGGGUGGCAGACAACGAGGUACGCAGGGUGGACCUGGUCUCAGCCUCGGUGGUGGUGGUGGGCGUCAUCGCCGCUGUCCUGCUCUGCGUCCUCGUCGUUGUCGUUGUUGUCAUGACCCUCUACCACAAGCGCAAGACCAAGCGCAUCUCCGAGAAGUACGAGGAGGAGCUGACGCUCACCCGGGAGAAUUCCAUCCGCCGCCUGCACUCCAGCCACGGCACCGACACACGCACCCAGCUGGAGGAGACGCUGCAGUUGCGUGCGGAGAGCCGGCAAGGCAGCCUGCGUGGGGACAGCCUGCGCGGCACCCAGCAUCUGCUCCGCCAUGGUGAGUGCCACAGGGGGGGUGGGGUGACGCCUGUCCCCUUGUCCCUGCAGAGCGAAGAGCCCGAAGGGCGCAGCUACUCGACGCUCUCGACAGUGCGGGAGAUCGAGACGCAGACAGAGGUGCCGGCAGCACCGCUGCUGCCCACCCUGGCAGGGAAGGAGCCGAAGGAGGAGGAGGAGGAUGUGGCGGCAGUGGGGGGGGACGACCCCAUCAAGCAGGCCAUGACCCACUUUGUGCAGGAGAACGGGAUGCUGCAGGCCAAGCCCACCACCAAUGGCAUCUACAUCAAUGGCCGCGGGCACCUGGUGUGAGCCGGGCAGGGCCAGGGGGGACACCCAAGGGACCCCCGUUCCCCCCUGUGGCUCCCCCGGCUCUGCCUGCCCACCGGGCUGGCUCCGGUCCCCGAGCGUCACCCUGCUGCUGGCACGGGGUCAGGGACAUG